GAGCAGGAGCUGGCCACCAAGAUGCUCCAGAUCCAGUCCAAGAGGUUUUACCUGGACGUCAAGCAGAACCGCCGGGGCCGCGUCAUCAAGGUGGCCGAGGUGCAACAGGUCGGGGUAGUGGGUAGGAAAAGUCGUCUCUUCCUCGCCAUGUCAACAGCGGCUGAGUUCCGGGACCACCCGACAUCCUUCAAUGAGCUGUACGCUUCCCUGGGUCCCCCCAAUCCAGAGAAACUGCCUGAGGAUGGCAAGUUGAAAAGUGAGAUAAUGAUUAAGGACAAUAGGCGCUACUACCUGGAUCUCAAGGAAAACUCCAGGGGGCGGUUUCUAAGGGUGUCCCAGACGAUAGCACGAGGUGGUCCUAGGUCCCAGAUCGCCAUCCCUGCACAGGGUAUGAUCGAGUUCCGCGACGCGCUCACGGACUUACUAGAAGAGUUUGGCACGGACGACGGAGCUUUCAAAGGAGAACUACCUGAAGGGCGCCACAUGCGUGUAGAAAACAAGACGUUUUAUUUCGACAUUGGGCAGAAUACCCGAGACAUCUACAUGCGUAUCUCAGAGGUGAAGAACAUGAGAGAGCGUUUCGACAAGUGCAGAAUCUAUUGUCCACGCAGCCUGUGCUGAAGUCACCCGACUUGCAUAAGCCAUUUGUUCUGCGCACGGAUGCGUCUUCGCGGAGCUUAGGAGCAGUAUUGCUCCAGGAACACCAAGGCCGUCUGCACCCAGUUUCCUACGCGAGCCGUAAAUUACUACCCCGCGAAGCAGCCUACUCCACAAUUGAAAGAGAAGGCCUUGCCGUAGUCUGGGCUGUUCGCAAAUACCACAUUUUUCUCUAUGGCAAGCCGUUCACGUUGCAAUGUGACCACCAGCCAUUGACUUAUAUUCAGUCAGCUAGGCACCUAAAUAAUCGAGUCCUGCGGUGGAGUCUCCUUCUUAUGGAAUAUGACUUUCACGUGGAACACAUUCGUGGUGUGAACAACGUUGGUGCCGACUAUAUGAGUCGUGCGGCUUUUACCGAGCAGUGACUUAUU